AUGUCUUCCUCUAACUCUACAAGUACGGAUACUGCUGUGACGGACACGACGGCAACGUCGAGUCCGUUUGAAACUCCAACGACUACUUCUCUCACUUCCCCUACUGACGAAGCCUCGACUACAGCUCCGGACGCCACGUCCACCCCUGGGACGCCCACUCCCACAUCUACGACAACCCCAACGACACCAACAACUGCUCCUACUACCACAGUACAGACGCCAACCAGCACCACCACCACACCAACACCUACUCCGACUACCGAGACUACCGAGACUACCGAGACUACCGAGACUACCCCGACUACUCAGACCACCCCUACUACAACAGCAGUGCCAACAACAACCCGGACCCCCACCACCCCGAACACCCCGACCACCCCAACCACAUCCACGACAAGGCCCCCGUUUACUCCCAGUUCCACAAUCACGACAACCUUUAUCUCGACCAACAAUGGUGGCAGCACUGUCAUGGUUACGGUCACUUCGACGCAAGUCGCCAGCGAAGAAACAGGGACAACGAGCACCGGGGAGGGAUCUUCAUCCACUGCCUCCGGAGGCAACAUCAUCACAACUGGAGAGUCGUCGUCAAGCGGGCUGAACCAGCAAGGCAAGAUUGCUGUUGCCGUUGUCGUUCCCAUCGCUGCGGUGGCACUGCUGGUCGUUGCCGGUAUCUUCUUCUGGCGCAAGCGGAAGCAACGCAAGGAUGCUGAGGAAGAGAGGAGAAAGGAGGUUGAGGACUACAUCUACAACCCGAACGCCGAUCCCACUCUGCCGGACGUCGGAUCUGCUGGCGCUGGCGGCAGUUACGAGAUGAAAGAGGACGGAUCUUCAGGGUAUCGUGGCUGGGGCUCAACCACUUUGGCGGGCUCUACAGGGCGCAAGGCCUCCACCACCAUGUCUGGUGGGGCAGCAGGUGCGGCUUAUUCAGAUGCGAAUUCGCACACUCGCGCUGUAUCUGACACAAGAUCAGGAGAUGCAUUAAUGACCGACGAGUCCCAUACUCCUGAAGGCGAAAUUCUAGGUGUUAUGGGCCCAGCUGCCUCCGACAACCGAGACCGCGGAAAUGUGCACCGCGGGCCAUCGAAUGCUUCUUCGUCUUACAGCGGCCCUGCCCGUUCCGACGGUUCGGGGGGAGAUAUUGGGGUUGCGUAUGGUGGCACGACCGGCUACUACGAUCAAUACGGCAAUAGCAACCCCUAUAACGAGGGCAACGGCCAGCAGCGUGCAGGCGAGCUCGGCGGACAACCCGUUAUCCGUGACAAUCCGGCAAGGCGUAACACGCGCAUAGAGAACCCGUCGCAUUACCCUCAGCAAAGCGCUGGCAUCUCUCAGAACUUUUAG